AUGGCGCCUCCAAAGAUCAAGACGGGGGACGUUACUGUUAAUGAUGCGCUGGAUUUAAUCGAGGGGGGCAACCUCAGAGAGCGUUCUUCUGGUUUGGAUGACCUGAUUUAUCUUCUGGACAAAAAGGGCAAAUCGGCCAGUUUAUCCACCCUUCGCGACAAGCACUACCAUCGCAUACUUGAGAUCCUCUUCAAAUGUGCCAUCAGUGAGAAGAAGACCUACACCGGGGGUAAGCGGACGACGGCUGCAGGAGCGGGAGGCAGAUUGGGCAAAUGCGCCGAGGCCCUUCGGCUUGCUGUUGGCCACGGAGCUUCUGCCAGCAAGCUCAAGAGAAAGACGAUGCUUGCUCUCAUCGACCACGUCACCCAGGCUCUACCCUGCCCACCUGGAUCCGGGGACGGACCGUACGUGGAGCCACUGUUGAAAGACUAUGUCAAAUCCAUCCUCGCCCUGCUCUCCCAUCAGGCGAAUGUCGAGCAGCUUGCUACACUGGAUGCGGCCGGAUGGAAGAACUGUGUCGACUUCUGCGUCGAUGCCGUGCGGGUAUAUCUCGAUCAUGCUGACAGAGACUCCGGCUCACGGGGAUCUCCAGCACCGGGCACGGCAUCUUUGGGCUUCUCUACUGGAAGAAGCACCAAUGCUAGCCAGAGGAUGCCGGGUCAAAUCCAUCGCGGUACCGUACAGGACCUCAUUCAUUGCAUCCACCUCCUCGUCCGCCCGCCAAAUGCGCCGCUUCACGAAAGAUCUAUUGAUCUAUCCGAGACGAUCAUCCAGGUACUACAGCUACGCCACCUUGGGUUGAGCCAAGUGAUUCAGCUGAGCUUUGCUUCAAUCAACAAAGUCUUUGUCGAGAUUCAAGCAAACGACAUCUCUCGGGCUGCCAGCUUGGCCAGAGACCUUGUGCCACUGAUAAGUCAUUGGUGGCAGGCGCGAACAGCAUCUCAAGACGGGAUGCUCAAUUCGAUCCGGGACGAGAUGCUGAAAACCAUGUUGAUCAUCCACCUCCAUCUUGAGCGUCUUGUAUGCCUCGAGGGUGACGAUACAGCCCGCAAAGAGAUAAUAGGACUCGCCGAUUCCCUAUGGCUGGAAUACUCGCGGCGAACCAAACAUUCCCAGCUUCAACUCGAUGAUCUCACAUUCGUCCCCCAGAGGUUGCCCGAGGACUAUUUCACACUAGAGGUCUUCGGCCUUCGUAUACACAACCGGGAGGGAGAGCGAGGAUGGGCUUUGUGUCAGAACCUCGCCAUCUUGGAGCGAAUCAUUUGGAAGAGCCGCAACAAGGAUAUAUCACAGUCGUCAGAGGAGCAACCGCGAAAAAAGCGCAAGACUCACGCUGCAGCGACGCGUUUGCAGGAAAAACUGCAGUCACCCAACUCGGCAGCACGGAUACUCGCCUUGCAGCUCGUGCCUUUCCUUCUUCAAUUAAACACUUUCUCUGUGGCUGAAGUGUCGGAUCUUGUUAUUGAUCUCGCCGGCCUUGCUGGCGAUAAGGACUCCACGGUAGUAUCUUGGGCUAUGCUCGCUUGCUCCAGCUCCGCAAUAUCACAGGUCAAGUCGGCCGAUAAUUCAGACUCAUGGAGACAGCUAUGGCAAGUAGCUUCUCGAGCAGUCGGUCUUCCUAGUACCAGUCGUGCUGCCAGCGUACUCUUGCACACUGUCCUUGAAAGAAACCUUGUACUUUACCACGAUGUUUCCGAUGGCAUCAACAGCAUUGUCACGACUGCCGACGCCAACGGCCCAGCCCUCUUGGUGGACUCUUCCAUUACCCUCAUGUUUCAUUUACGGUCCCUCAGAAACGUCAAGCUGCCCAACGCAAGCCAGUCAACAAAUCAUCACGUUAUUCGAUGGAUAUUCCAGAGAUGGAAUCCAGCCGACUGGAGCUAUGCUCGCGACUGCUCUAUCCACGCUCCGAUUAAUGAACUUGCCAACCUGAUCCGGGCUUGCUGUGGCGCACGAGUUUUGACACCGACACCUUUGACAGUGACCGGAGGGUCCAUUUGCGAGGUGUGGAAGGCACAGUACCACACAGCAGUCCUAACACGAUACCUCCUGCUGCUGGACGCACCACCAGCAUCGAAGCCACGCACCCUCCUGAGCUGUCGUUCGAGCACUUCCGAAUCAGUCCAGGCCAACGAUGCCUCUUUUCAUGCCGCAAAGAGACUAGUAUUGGAGCUCCUGUUCCCAAAGGUCGAGGAGUUGCAGGACCUCUGUGACUCGUGGGCGAGAAAGGGGUCAGAGGGAGGCGCUCCCAUGUCUUCAGACCGACUUUACAGUCUCUUCUCUGCAAAUAUCAUAGGCAUCCUCCUUGCCAGCCAGCUUGUCGACUUGAACUCGGGUCAGUCACGAGAUAUCGAAAGUCUCCUGGCCAAGCUUUCCGAGGCCAGCAUAAGUGCUGCUUCGAACUCGAGUGACAACACAAGUUUCGAGCUUCUGUUGAGAACAAUACGACCGGUGCUUCCGUCACUUAACACAACGGGCAUCAACAGCCUCGAAGAACAUGCUCCACUGUUGAGGCUGAUCUCGACACUGACAGCAACCGUGGAAGAGAGAUCCUUGCGGCAAUCCUCGGGACAGGACCAAGAUCUUAUGGAUGUGGACGAUGAUUUCGACUCACAGGAGAGCAGAGUCAGCGUUACGCUAUCCGAAGUCCCCCGCUCGAACAUCUCAUUGAGCCUGGAUGGAGAAGCAUUCAUACAUGAAACUAUACAACGUCUAUACCAUUUUGCAUCGAUGCAUAAAGACAACGGGAAGGUGUUCAUGGAACAGCUUCUGUCGCUCCCUGACAAGGAGUUCAUGUUGUGUAGCACCUUCACCUCAGAGCUCUUCGAGUCUGACUUGCCGAUCAGUGAAGAAGAUGCGAUCGGUGUCGUUGAAAGAACAGGCGACAUCAUGGGUGAGCCCGAAUACUCCUGUUGCGAAGUAGCUCACUCGACCAGCUUGAGGAUUCUGCAAAGCCUCAUGCCGGUCUAUAAGGACGACCAACAGCCCGUGGCCAAGAUGUUCGGCGACUUGUACCAUCACUUUGUCAGCAAAUAUUUGCCCAAUAACCUCCUUUCCCCACUGUCGCAGAUGUCUCUCUCGAGCUUGCUGCUUGCGCUUUUGAGGACCAACCCACAGUAUGGGAGCAAUCUUGGCCUAGACUCUUGUCGAACGACUUUAUUGUCAAUCAUGCAAAGCGGCACGCUGCCCGUCAAGUUCUUCAUCGGGUCCGCUUUGCCGGACGUAUUCAGCUCCUACGUACUUAAGAUGCAUGACGAUAUCUUUCUUGACGUUCUGAACAGUCUUCCUACCAACUCCCAAGACCUCGAAGGCAUCGCGUUCCGCCUCUUUGUGCUGUCUCAGCUCGCAUGCCGCUGGCCAACCCUGCUCAGGAGAUGCACGUAUCACAUCUUCGAGACGCCGGGGAAUAUCAUGCAGUCCAGUCAGUAUGCCAAACGGUGCCUGGAAACGGUUUCGCAAGCCCUUUGUCUGUCCUCUUCUCAAGAGUUAUUCAGAAUAUUUAGCCCCCAGCUGCUAUACACAUGGCUUGCGCCCCCCGCAAACGACGAAAACGGCCCAGCCAUCAACAAAAUCGAGGACAUACCAUAUGAGAUUUUUGGCUUUCCGACUCUUAAUGGCCUUCUACAGGAAGCGCAGACCGAGACGACAGCGUUGCAGAUAAUGCGCCAUCGCUACAAAGACGUCGAGUCUCUUUCCAAGCGCCUGGGUACCUCCCUGGUCGACAUGGUGACGCAAGGAUUCACAAAGAUCAUGGCAUACGCUAUCGCACAUGAGCUCAGCACGCCUAUUUCUAAAGGCGAAAAAGUCGAAACCGGCGAGACGUGGGUUCGGACGCUUUUGGGUAACGAACCAUUCCUCGAUCAAAUUUAUUUGAACUUUGCCGACAUUGUUGCCUUGUUGCUGGAUCUUUUCGACCAAGAAGACCCCAUCGAGAAGCAUCUCUCUAGAGACAAGAGCUUUGAAUACGCCUGUGAGGCACUGGACGAGAUGAAGCAGUUAUCUCAGUCGACAACCGCCCUACCGCCUAAUCAACAACCCAUGUUCAGGGCCAAAUACCUCACCAGAGAGCUGUUCCAUGUGUGUCGCCUCACGGAGUACGAGCUACAAGAGCUCUGGACACCGGCUUUGGUUGUCUCGGUCGCCCGGAGAAUUUUCAAUACUGUCCACCCUGCCUUGGGCUCGUUUCACGCCUGCUCCGUGCUGCGCAAGGUCAGAGUUUUGAUUUCUCUUGCCGGCCCUGUCGCGUUGGAAUCUUAUCCUCUGGAAAUGCUACUUUCGUCCGUCCGGCCGUUCAUUGUGGACUCGGAAUGUGCCGACGAUGCACUUGGUGUGAGUCGGUAUCUCAUCACGAAAGGGGCUUACCAUCUCGAGCAAACCCCAUCCUUUCUCGCUGGUUACGCCUUGUCUACUCUAGCAUCUCUCAGAGUUUUCCUCGAGUCCAGUCAGUCAAGUACAACCCAAGAAAGUCAAUUCAAGGCGACCAUGAGCAAAGCCCAGACUUUCCACUCAUGGUUCAGUUCCUAUCUCACUGGCUACGACUCGAAUAACUUUGGCGAUGAGCAGCAACGGGAGGCAUUCCGACUGAUUACCCAGUCUGCAUCCAAAAUUCGAUCUUCAGGAAACGCCGAGAAGGGCACGCACGAGAGCACUCUGCUGAUGGAGAUCCUCAGGGAUGGCGAACGCGAGUCGAAGCUUCUGAACGAGGCAGCUCGUAAUCUAGCACUCGGUUUAUUGUGUGGAGAUUUCGCUGUGCCCACCACAGGUCGUCAAGAUGUAAUUUCCGACGAUGAGGAGGCCCUACGGCACACCGGACUUGUGUGGAAGAGCUGCAAUGCGUUAGCUCUCAGUGACGAGUAUCUCGCCUGGGCAGGCCGCGUUAUGGGCAGGUCUUUCGCCGCUUCAGGAGAAAUUCAAGCUGAACUUCUGGAAGAGUCCGAGCUAUCACAGUACAGCAGGAUUGCACCAGGAGCUAAUGACUCCGAGAAGGGACUGCUGAGUCUACUGCAACAACUUACACAGAGCAAAGAAUCUGCCAUCGGAGGCUUGGCCGAAUCGGCUUUGAGGGCAGUCGUAUCAGAAGCAGCAGCGCAGGAGGACGGUGCGUUAAUCUCUGCCGCCCAGCAGAUCUUGACAGAAUCCUUGUGCUUGGCCUCCGCUUGGGCUCAAUAUCGCACGCCUCCUUCCGACUUUGUCCUGUCCCCGAUUGUUCCUGAUUCGCAGGUCUUCUUCCGGGAUCACGUGGAGAGUUCUGAUUGGGUUCAGCAGCUCGCUGUUUACCUUGCGCAGUCGGUUUCCGAGUACAUUGUCCUAAGCGCGCUGGUGCCAAUUCUCAAGAACGUCAAAGGUUUUGCCCAAGAUGCAUUUCCAUUCAUCGUCCACCUGGCCUUAUACAGUCAACUGGAUAAGCAACCCCACAUCAAGCGCAACUUGUCGGAAGCCGCCAAAGAGUGGCUCAAGAUCGAGGAUGAUGCUGCGCGGACGAACCAGAAGCAGCUGAUCAACACAAUACUAUACCUCAGAACACAGUCCAUUCCUCAGGAGACAUCCAUCGCGGACCGGGCAUUGUGGCUCGAUGUCGACUUCGCUGCCGCUGCCGCUGCCGCCUCGCGUUGCGGUAUGUAUAAGACCGCCUUGCUGUUCACGGAGGUUGCCGCCUCUCAGACAGUUCGCUCGUCUAGGCGAUCAUCUGCGAUCCGUGAGGACGAUUCUACUGAAGUCCUUCUUUCGAUUUUUGAGAACAUUGACGAUCCUGAUGCGUACUAUGGCCUCCCACAGUCCGCCGAUUUUUCAAGUUUCCUGGCUCGAUUGGACUACGAGAAGGACGGCUCCAAGAACUUGGUCUUCCGAGGAGCCCAGUACGACAAACACAUUCGGACAAGGAACCCCGCAUCACAGGUGGAUAGCCAGUGUCUUGUCAGAGCUCUCGGUACUUUGGGUCUGGUGGGUCUCUCUCAUUCCUUGUUACAGACGCAACAGAGCCACGACGGAGAUGAAGCAUCCUUGGAGGACACUUUCCAGACAGCACGCCGACUGGAGCUAUGGAAUCUCCCUGUCCCAUCAACCGCCGACAAUUGUGCCGUAACCAUUUACAAGGCGUAUCAGAAUGUCCAACAAGCCACUGACACGCUUUCUGUGCGCAAUGCCAUCUAUGCCGGCUUCAGCCAGACCAUGCGCAGUCUUGUCAACCGUGGCCUGAAUGCAGCCAGCCUUCGCAAGCAUCUCGGCGCUCUCGCAGUUUUGACAGAGCUUGAUGAUAUUGCCAACGUGGCUGACUUUUCCGAGCUGGAGGGCAUGCUUGGCAAGUUCGAACGACAUGGCCAGUGGAUGAGGCGCGGAAGGUAUGUGAAACCUUGGGGUCCCCCCUGUUUUUCUUCAUCCUGCUACAUUGCCUUUAUCAUUGCCUUUAUCAUUGCCUUUAUCAUUGCCUUUAUCAUUGCCUUUAUCAUUGCCUUUAUCAUUGCCUUUAUCAUUGCUUUUACCAUUCCACUUUCUGCUCGGGUGUCCGAUCUCCCGCUGCCGCUACUCAUUGAAUAUCCCUGCGCGAAUCCGAUCAAACUGACAAACCAUAGGUACGAAGAUGUCAGCCACCUACUUUCUUGUAGAGGGACAUCAUUGAGCUUGAUCAGACAGAAGCCCAAGCUUCGCGCCCAGGCCUUGUCAACAGUCGAGGCCAGACAAAUCGAGAUCCGGUCCAUGCUGAUGUCAUCGGGGAUAUAUCGCUUCCAUCAAGCAACGCAAGAGUGUGUGAAUCUCUCCACGUUACUUGUCGGCUUGAUCGGUACAUGCGACGAGCUCGGCGUUAAGGUGGAUGCCGCCAUCAAGAUUGAGACAGCCAACUCAAUGUGGGACUAUGGGGAAAUGAUCCCUUCCAUUCGCAUGUUACAAAGUAUCGAUAGCGACUCGUCCCUCAAGAAGCAGACAAUUCCAGUGAGCCGCUCAGAUCUCCUGUCGAAAAUUGGCUACCAGGUGUCGGUAGCCAAAUUGGAGAACCCUCAUGACAUCCAGAAAAAUUACCUCGAACCCGCUCUCAAAGAUCUUAAAGGGAAUAGCCAGGGACAGCAAGCUGGGCAUGUCUACCAUCAAUUCGCCAUGUUCUGUGACGAGCAAUUGCAAGACCAAGACAGUUUGCAGGAUCUUGCCAGGCUGCAGACUUUGCGGAAGGGCAAGAGUGACGAAGUCUCUCAACUUCAGGACCUCAUAUCGAGCACCCGCGAUCCCCAUCUCAAACAAAGAUACCAGGGUCACCUGAAUCGCGCUCGGCUAUGGCUAGGACUGGACGAGCAAAAGCUCCGUCGCAUGGAGCAGACGAGAGGCGAAUUUGUGCGGCUCAGCCUGGAAAACUAUCUCCUUUCACUUACCGCCUCUGAUGAGCAUAAUAAUGAUGCCUUACGUUUCACGGCUCUCUGGCUGGAGCGCUCCGAGGAGCCAGAGACCAAUGAGGCCGUCAAGAAACACCUCGACAAGACGCCCACGAGAAAGUUUGCAACGCUGAUGAAUCAGUUGUCUUCUAGACUACAGGAUCAACCGAGCUCGCCUUUCCAGAAGCUCCUGAUUCAGCUCGUCUACAAAAUUUGUCUGCAGCAUCCAUACCAUGGGAUGUACCAGAUCUGGUCAGGCACAAAGGUGAAGACUCGCAAAGAGGAUCAAGUGGCAGUCCUAAGACUCAAAGCCACGGAGAAGGUGGCAUCGCUGCUGCAGUCUGCCAAGUCUGUCGCGGCAAUAUGGCAAGCGAUCGAUAGGACGAGCUCUUACUACCAUCGCCUGGCUGUCGACCGAGAUUCUAAUAAGUUCAAGGCUGGACAAAAGAUGGCGCUCAAGGACGUUCACUCGGCCCAAUCGCUUCAAAAUGCGCUGGCCAAGUACAAGAUCCCGCCCCCGACCAUGCAGCUCGAGGUGUCAGCGACCAUGGACUACUCGAAUGUCCCCAUCAUCUCAAAGUUAGACCCGCAGAUGUCGAUUGCGUCUGGAGUCAGCGCGCCAAAGAUCAUUACGGCAGUCGGGAGUGAUGGCAAGAAAUACCGACAACUUGUCAAGGGCGGCAACGACGAUCUCCGUCAAGACGCCAUCAUGGAGCAGGUCUUUGCGGCCGUGUCGGAUCUUCUUAAACUGCAUCGCUCGGCACAGCAGAGAAACCUUGGGAUCCGCACGUACAAGGUCCUUCCUCUGACAUCGGCAUCUGGGCUGAUCGAGUUUGUCCCCAAUACCAUUCCAUUGCACGAUUUUCUUAUGCCAGCCCACGAGAGAUACUUUCCCAAGGACCUCAAAGGCUCUCAAUGCAGAAAAGACAUUUCUAAUGCGCAAGGCAAGACUGUCGAGCAUCGGAUUACCGCUUAUAGGAAAGUCAUAGACAAGUUUCAUCCCGUGAUGAAAUACUUCUUCAUGGAGAAUUUUGUCGAUCCUGACGAGUGGUUUGCCAAGCGCCUCGCAUACACGCGUACGACUGCAGCUAUUUCAAUGCUUGGCCAUGUGCUCGGUCUCGGCGACAGGCACGGCCACAACAUUCUGCUAGAUAGCAAGACGGGUGAGGUCGUGCAUAUCGACCUGGGUGUCGCGUUCGAGAUGGGUCGCAUCCUCCCCGUGCCAGAACUCGUCCCGUUCCGGCUGACACGAGACAUUGUGGACGGAAUGGGCAUCACUGGGACUGAGGGCGUCUUCCGGCGCUGCUGCGAGUUCACACUACACGCCUUGCGUGAGGAGACCUACUCGAUCAUGACGAUACUCGACGUCCUGCGUUACGAUCCUUUGUACUCAUGGUCCAUUUCUCCCGUCCGCCUGGCAAAACUACAGAGAGAAGUACAAGGAGACGAAUACAACAGGGACGACGACGAAGGUGAUGAAGACGGUGGGAAGGGUAAAAAGGGGCAGCAGGUCAAUGAGCCGUCGGAGGCUAACCGGGCUUUGGAGGUGGUACGGGGGAAGUUGUCAACGACGUUGAGCGUAACAGCAACGGUCAACGACCUGAUCAACCAAGCGACCGACAUAAGUAAUCUUGCCGUCCUCUACUCGGGAUGGGCAGCGUAUGCAUAG